CACCUUCCAUGGGGUGUAUGAGUCUUUUCCUUAUAACCCUGGCAUGCAGCAGCAGCAACUGAAAGUCUAAUGAAUAAAUAAACGGCUUCCUUCGCUCCCUACUCUCUUAGGACCCACUUUAGAAUGUGGAACCCACACCAUGAGUGGGUGAGUUUACAUUUGACGAGAGGAUCGUCCAUGGAAUCUAAAAGGGAAGCAGCCAAUAUAUAUAUAUAUAUAUAUAUAUUUCCUGUACAUCGGUCUCAACGCAAACGCAUGCAGUUCUGUUUACUACAAAACAAACUAUCUAAAGCGAGAAAGAACAAUAGAUGUAACCGAACCCUUUGCCUCUUGGCUUUAACACAUGAAAAUCAAGACCUGGGCUUUGCCACGCGUGGAAAAAGUGAACCAACAACCUUUGUCUCUCUAAAAAUUCUCCUGGAACUCAUCGUCUACCACCUAUGUUCUGUGUAACCUGCUUCCCCCCUCUGCAAUUCUUUAGCAAAAUUUCAUAAAAACCACCUUUCAGUAACCGUGUGUCCAUGGAGUCCAUCAGUUUCAUCUUUAAUCCAUCACUUUAACGUUCAUCCAUGUUUGCCUAAUGCAUUAACCAUGGUUAGUAUAACGUUAUAAAUACUGCUCCUGCAUGGUUCCUUUCUCUCUCUCUCUAUCUCUCUAUCUCUAGUGCCCUCUGUGCACUAAGAGUAAUGUCAAGACUCAGGAAGAAGAGGUUUAAAGGAAUGAACCACCCAGAAUUUCUUAAUUUGUCCAACUCGAAAGCAAAUCACUCAACAGAUUGGACUGAGUCAAUGUGUCACUUGGACGAUUUCCGCAUGUAUGUGUUCAAGAUCAAGAAAUGUCCAAGGAACAGAAGCCAUGACUGGACCUGUUGCCCAUUCGCACACCGUGGUGAGAAGGCGCGGCGUCGUGAUCCAUGUAGAUUCAACUACGCUGCCAUUGCAUGUCCUGAGUUCCGAAAUGGGAAGUGUCCGAAAGGCGAUUCAUGCGAGUUCGCUCAUGGGAUAUUCGAGUUCUGGCUCCAUCCUGCGAAGUACCGUACGCGUUCAUGUAAUGCCGGACAGUAUUGCCAGAGAAAGGUGUGUUUCUUUGCACAUGCACCGGAACAGCUCAGGUCGGCGUGGAAACAGAAGCGUCGUUACAGGGUUCGCUUGGGUGGAGGAACGGAGAACAUGAGUUGUGGAUUUGUUGGUGAAGGGAGUAGUACUGGAUCGAGCUCACCUCCUGCAACUAUGGGGGUGAGAGAUGGAAUUUUGAAGGAAGGUUGGGAUGUUUCGGAGAAAUUGGGGAUGUUCAAGAUUAAAGAUAAGGUCAAGAAGGAAGACGAUACAGGGGAAGGGAGUUUCGGUUAUGGUGACGUAUCGGGUUUCCCUAAUAUUGCUUGGAUUACAGAGCUGGUGAACUGAAGGUGAGAUGUGAGAGAGAAGUAUAUCCGGGAAUUUAUUUAGCAUGAAUGGCGUCUCUCUCUCUCUCUCUCUCUCUCUCUCUCUCUAGAUUUGUAUGUCAAAGAGUGAAGAAAUAAAAUAACAUGUGUGUACCAACUGCCAAAUCUUAAGAAAUAUAUGCCAAUGAUUCUCUCA